UGAGGACCAACCCUGCUGUGUAGGUGGACAACAGGUAGUGCCAGCGACAGUCACUAACCCACGGUCCUUGAUAAAGAGCCAGCUGUGGCCAUGUGGGAAGCAGGCAUCGUGGGUGAGGACCUGCCGUCCUUCCUGCCACCAGAUAACUCCCUCCUCUGGUCAGGAGCCUGCCUCCGGGUGGAGUCAGCUCGCAGCCAGCACUCUCUGCCACUCUGCAUCCACGGGUGAAAGUGGGGCUUGUGGGUACCCCGCAAUGAAGGCCUGUGUGCUUGUAGGUGUGCUCAUCAUGGUGGGCUUCGCCACAGGGAAAGCUCCAGUUCCUAACAACGUCCGCACCUGCCACUUGUGCCUCUUAGAAGACCCUUCGCUGGGCUGCAUUUCUGGCUCACAAAAGUGUACCGUCAGCAGUUCGUCUCCGUGCAUGGUGAUCGCCAUCUACCGGAGUGUCAAGGUUCGCUUCCACGUACGCGGCUGUGGACAGCACAAUUCCUACCGCUGUCAAGAAGUGCACAGGACCAUCCACUCAGGCUACCACUACAGGGCCGACUGCUGCCAGUAUGACUACUGCAACUCCUGGUCCUCUCCCCAGCUCCAGAGCACGGUGCCUGCGCCCCUGAGGAGACAUCUGGUCCUGCCCAUGUCAGAGUCCCAGAAACAGCACUUCUACCAGGCCCUGAACCUGUCCCUGCCCCUGCCUGCCUUCCGAGCUCAUGGGGACUCUGAGGGCCCAGACCCUCUCAGGCUGCCCCUGGAGCUGGGCUUGUCCAUGGCUGACCUGCGCCAAAUAUACUUGUUCCUCAACAGUUCAGGACUCCUGGUUCUUCCCCAGGCUAGACCCUGACACUAGUUCUUCCCCAGGUUAGUCCCUGACACAUUCCCCUUCCCACAUCCUGCUCUGCGGUCCCUCUGAUCUUGU